GCUAGUUCUCAAACUCUGUUAUCAGCCAUUCAAUGAGUAGCCAUACUCCUAGCAUUGACCGGGAGAAAACUGCUAGCACCUCCAUUACCAGCAUACACGUUCUUGCCUUAGAUGGCAUAGUGAACGUAAAUUCAUUGUUCACCGUAGGAGUCUUCCUAGGCCUUGCUUGGAACCUCGGGGACCCCAAUAACACCCUUGUUGCGUCCCCAGUUUGUACCGCAAGCUCUGGCAUGGUGGAAGACUUCGUAAAAUUUCAUGUCUACUCUUUCAGCUCCUUCCUUUUUUCUAGCCUUAUUGCCUUAGCCCUCAAACAGGCCAUCAGAAGUUCCAAGGACGGAUAUUAUGGCGCUGAAAUGCAUUCCGUUGCUCGUGUCAAUUUGAAGGUUCUGCAAUCUGGGAUUUUGGCUUCGGCAUUAGGUUCUGUCGCUGGUUGUGUUUUCUUGACAUUGGCACUCGUGGAUUUUGUUCAAAUUAAGCUCGGAACAUUGGCCUGCCGGAGCUGGUAUACUGCGGGGGCUGUUUUUCCGCUGGUGAUAUUGGUGCCAUUUGCGCUUGUUAUUUACAUAUACGUGGUGUUGCAUGCCUUUACUCGGUAGAAUUAUGCGGCAGCAAGAUCAUCUUUAUAUUCAGUCAAUUUCCUUCGCCUGGCUAAGCAACAAUCACUGACUUAAGAGUCUGUGUUGUGAAAUAGUCUAGAGGAGUUAGUUAAAUCAAUGAAUAAUCAUAGUACUAUCAUCAAAUAUCUGUGCAGCACAGUAUAGUGACUCUCGGUUGUUUAGGAUUUCACACUGUUUUGAACUUUUGAUUGUUACUGUAUCUUAUAAUCUGGAUAGAGGGAAGAAAAAGGUCAAGAAAAGAGAUAUAAAGGCAAUGAGCGCUUUAAUUCU